AUCAAGGAAGCAGCAGCAAGACAUAUAUGGCCACAGAUAUUCAGCCACAGAUAAUAUCCAGAGAGAUGAUUAAACAAUCCUCACCAACACCAAAUCACAAAACAAUUCACUGCCUCUCUUUCUUUGAUCAGAUCUGUCCUCGCAUCUAUGUCCCUCUUGUUUUCUUCUACCCUGGAAAAGAUCACACCAUUUCCAUUAAUGAUCACAAACCAGAAACUGACACUGUUCAUAAAUCCACUUUGCUCAAGAGUUCUCUAUCUGCAGCCUUAUCCUUUCAUUACCCACUAGCUGGAAGGAUCAGGGAUGAUCUCACUAUCGACUGCAGAGAUGAUGGAGCUGUAUUUCUUGAAGCAAAAGCCAACUGCGAGUUAUCUGACAUUCUCAAGCAUCCUAGGGAAGAAACCUUGAAGCUCUUGUUUCCUGAUGGCCUAUGGUAUAAAGAUUCAACCUUGAGCAGUACUCUUGUGGUUCAGAUCACAUUUUUUGACUGUGGAGGAAUGUCAAUUGCUGUGUGCAUAUGUCACAAGAUCAUGGACAUGGCAAGUAUGUGUUCUUUCAUCAACGACUGGGCUUCCCUGGCUCGAAACUCAGGCCAAGAAAUAUGUCCCGAGUUCAAUAUAGGGUCUUUAUAUCCGCCUCUUGAUCUACCAGUCAUGAAAAAUAAUUAUCAGCCUCCCAAGAAAGUGAACUGUGCUUCCAGGAGGCUUGUUUUUGAUGCUUCAGAUAUAGCCAAACUCAAGACCAUUGCGGCAAACGAAGUUAACAAUCCUACACGGGUCGAAGUGGCCACUGCACUACUAUACAAAUGCGCCAUUUCUGCAGCCAAGGCAAGCUCAGGUUCCCUAAAGCCAACGGUUUCUCACCAUGCAAUGAAUAUGCGAACCAGGGUGUUUCCUCCAUUGACACAAAGAUGUUCAGGAAAUCUAAUUGGGCUCUUUACAGUGUCCACAAUGGAAGACGACAGGGAGAUAGAGUUCGUUUCAUUGGUGAAAAAGAUUAGAGAAGAAAAAACUCAGUUCUCCAAAACCUGCAGCGACGAAACAUUAACUGGGGAAGGAUUGUGUUUACUCGUUUUGGAAAGCACGAAAGGGCUAAGAGAGAAUGAUUCUUCUAAUGGUAAAGAUCAGGAAGUGUAUUUAUUAAGUAGCUGGUGCAGGUUUCCAUUGUAUGAAGCAGACUUUGGAUGGGGAAAACCAGAGUGGGUGACUUCAAUUUGCUGCGAGGUGAAGAAUGUUAUAACUGUGAUGGACUCGAGAGUAGGAGAUGGGAUUGAAGCAUUUGUGACCUUGGAAGAAGAAGCCAUGGCCAUGUUUGAGCGUGAUAAAGAGCUUCUUGAUUUUGCCUAUAUAUAUUGAUUCAGUUUCCAGUUGAAAAAAAUUCAUCACCUCCUCUCUCUCAAGCUCCAGGUGAUCUGCUCAUGUGAGAUUUGAGUCUGGUGUGUGACAGAAGUGUGGUUAAUCUAAAGAGUGUAAUAAUUGUCUGUCUUUGUAAUAAAAAAGAGGCUGAAGAAUUAGUAGUGUAAUGAGAUGAUUAUCCUCCUGUAUCAUUGAAGCA